AUGUCCCAGACAACUCGAGCUCCAAGCUCACCCCUCGAAAAAACCGAGCUUAACCUCGCAGACAACUACAGCUCCCCAGACGUCUACAUCAAUGGCGAACAUGGCACCCUCUGGCACCCCUGGGUGAACAAUCUCGAAAUCAAGCCGUUGCGCUUUGAAACGCGCACAGGGACGUUUGUUAUUGUUCUCCGCGCAAAGGAGGAUACAUGGUUGGGGAAGCACCGGCAUCGGGGGAGUGUUACUGCUGUUGCGGUGAAGGGGGAGUAUGAUUGGAUCGCACGACCAGGAGACUAUGUAGUUGAAAAUCCGGGGACGAUUCACACGCUGCAUAUGGGGAAGGGUGCCGAGGUGGUGUUUACCAUCACCGGAAGCCUGGAGUAUUUCCAUAAAGGUGACAGUUUGAAGAACAUGAUAAACAUGUUUAGUUACGCGCACUUGUACUAUGGUUAUUGCAAAGAACGGAAUAUCAACCCGAACUACGGGCUGCGGUAUUAG